AUGCUCUCCCGAACGACCGCCUGCCGGGGCGCGCAGCGUGCCGCCCGCGUGCCGCCCGUCUCCCAGUGCCAGCGCCGCGGACUCGCUGCCCCAGCUUCAGGCUCCUUUCAGUACCAGUCCGGCGAGGCCAAGGGCGUCAAGUACGCCAGCAGAGACUUUGCCGGCCCUACGACGACGCUGGCCCUGGUUGCAAAGGCCGGCACGCGCUUCCAGCCGCUGCCUGGCCUGACCGAGGGUCUUGCCAACUUCGCUUUCCGGGGAACCGAGAGACGGUCGACGCUGCGCAUUGUACGCGAGUCGGAGCUUCUGGGCGCCAGCCUCAACGCCCACCACUCGCGCGAGAACCUCGUGCUCGAGGCCAAGUUCCUCCGCGAUGACCUGCCCUACUUUGUCGAGCUGCUCGGCGAGGUCGCCAGCUCCACCAAGUACCAGCCCCACGUCUACGCCGAGGAGGUCCUCCCCAUGAUCAACUUCGCCCACAAGAAAUUCCUCGCCAGCGUCACCGACAUGGCCACCCAGUCUGCCCACAGCCUUGCCUUCCACCGCGGCCUCGGUGUCCCCACUGCCUCGGCCGCGCCCACGCCCUACACCAAGUACCUCGACGCCGAGACCAUUGAGUGGUACUCCAAGAUUGCUUACGCGAAGCCCAACUUUGCUGUUGUAGCCAACGGUGCCGACCACGGCGAGUUCUCCAAGUGGGUCGGUGAGUUCUUCGAGAACGUGCCCAGCGCCCCUCUCCAGGAGUCCAGCAUUGGUGCCGACCAAUCCAAGUACUUUGGUGGUGAGGAGCGUAUCGCGCACGACAGUGGUAACGCCAUGGUCAUUGCCUUCCCCGGCUCGAGCUCCUUCACCGGCAAGUUCUACAAGCCUGAAAUCGCUGUCCUCAGCUCGCUGCUUGGUGGAGAGUCGGCCGUCAAAUGGUCGCAGGGUUUCACCAAGCUCGGCCAGGCGGCUGCUCAGGGCGCCAAGGUCAAGACCACCAGCGCCAUCUACUCCGACGCCGGCCUCCUCUACACCACCAUCACCGGAUCUGCCAAGGCUGUUGCCCAAACCGCCCAGGCCUCUGUUGAUGCUAUCAAGAAGAUUGCCGCUGGUGAAAUCUCAAGCGAAGAGGUGUCCAAGGCAAAGGCCGCUGCCAAGUUCAAGGAGCUCGAGCACGGCCAGGACAUCCGCGCUGGUCUGGAGCUCACCGGCAACGGUUUGAUCCACAACACUCAGCCGUACCAGAUCGACGAGGUUGCUAAGAAGAUCGAUGGCGUAACAGAAGAGGCUGUCAAGAAGGCUGCCAAGGAACUCCUCGAGAACACCGCCUCCGUAUCGUCCGUCGGUGAUCUCUUCGUACUACCGUACGCUGCGGAUCUCGGCCUCAAGGUAUACAAAGCUCUCUUGCAGUGUGCUUCAGAACCUACUAUGGCGCCAACUCUGUACCCUCGCGGCACCGUCAAGAAGAUCGUGAAGGCGCAUUCGAACCGGCAGAUGAGCAAGAAUGUAGAUAUACUGAUCUACCUCAAUUAUGCGUUGUUCAUGCAAGAACUCAUCAACGAAGCAAGUAUCAAAAGCAAACAACGCGGCGAGAGGGCUUUGUCGGCGAGGAGCGUGAAGAGGGUUAGUGAGGAUGUGUUGAGGAAGUACAAGGGCUAG